UAUUAUUGGAGUUCAAUAGGAGUUUUGUCCUUCAGAAGUAAACACGUGCACGUGUAGAUAUAUUUUAUAAUUACUGAACUAUUUAAAUAAUGACAAAAGUUAGAAAAGUAAAGAAAAGGAAGAGAUUUCAGGCAAAUGUGAACCGAAAACGACUUCGAAAUAAGUUAAAUAAACUUCCAACAAUAAAAUGUAAACAAAUCAAAGAUGCUUGGGAGGUUAAAAAGUCAAUUAAAGGAAAUUUAAAAGAUAUGGGUUUGGCAGCUGAUCCUAAUGAAAUUUUUAAAAUUCCUAAUACAAAGAGACAAGAAAUUGAAAAUGUUAGUAAAGUUAGAGCGACAGAAAAUUUUAUUGAAGAAAAUCUGAUUAAAAACCCACCAUUGAAGGUCCAUGUUGCUGAAAGUUUGGAGAAAGAAGCUAAAACACCAAGAGAAAGAAUGUUUAAAUUGCCCAAAAAUCAAGUACAAUUUAUAACAUACAUGAUGGAUAAAUAUGGAGACGAUUAUAAGGCAAUGACCAGAGAUAAAAAGAAUUAUUAUCAAUUGACUUGGAAACAAAUUCGUGCAAAAGUAAACACAUUUAAAAAUAUUCCUGAACAAUAUGCUGAAUAUUUGCUUGAAAAAGGAGAAAUAGUUUUAGAUGAUCCAACAUCAUUAGCUGAAUCAAAAAAACAACAAGCUUUAGAAAAUUUUCAAAAACAUUGUAUUUCAAAGAAACCCAAAAAAGAAAAGAAACUUUUUGCUGAAUGGGAAGAAGAAUCAAUUCAACCUAUACAAGAUUCAGGUGAAACUAAUUCCGAUACUAAUUUAGAAGAAGAUAAUAAUGAUACAAUUCAGAAAAAAUUAAAUCUUUUCCUCGAUGAAGAAAAUGAAAGUGAAAAUAAAUCUCCAAUAAAGGGAAAAGGAACUGUGAAUGAAGCAUCAAAUGGAAUUCUUGAAUUUAAAUCAAAAAAAUCUAAAAACAAUUCAAAUAAUCCUUUAAAAGAGGAAAAAAUAACCAAAAAGAGAACAGCAGAAGAAGAAAAGAAAAUUACUAAAAGAGCAAAGAAAUUAGAGAAAUCAGCUUCUAGUGAUAGUGAAGAUGAAAAUGAAGUUGAACUUGAUGGAGAGGAAGAUAAUUCUGAAUUUGUUAAUUUAAGUGAUUUGAGCAGUGAUGAAUUAUCCGAUGAUGAUGUUUUAGAUGACGGAGAAUUUGUCACAGAUUCCAAUGAUGAAAGCGACUAAAAUUAUCAAAAAACGAGCAUUUUUAUUACUUAAUAUUUAUAUUCAUUCUUGUUUUAUGUUGUAUAAAAAUCAUGAUUAUUUGUUAAAACAUAAAAGUACUCAGAGUUUGAAGUAAUAAAUAUUGUUUUAUAUAAUA